CUUUGAAGUCUCGAGACCUGCAAUUGUCUCCUCGAGCAGAUCAUUCAUCUUUGCGAGCUGAUCUCGCUCCUUGACCAAGGCUUCAUCACGAGACGAUGUGCCGUUGAUCUGUUUGCUCGUCGUCCUCGUGUGACCAGCGGGAGCCUCGGUGGCUACUCGACCUCUGCUUGCGCUGCGCUGCCUGCUUGUAGAGUGUCCCAGACCGAGAUCUUGCAUUGCUCUCGCUGUGUCGCGUACGGGACCUUCGUCCAUACUUGAGACACCGUGACGCCGCUCGUGAAGGUACGUAGAUGCCGGGCAGCUGAUGCAGGGCCGUCUCUGUGCUUGCGGCAGUCGACGAGGUUCGUCAGGAAGCGCGACAGACAUUGGCCAAAAGACUGGGCGGUGAUCUGUACAUGUCAGACGAGGCCGAAGAUGUCCUCAGAGCUGCGCUAGAUGAUCUGCUACGACCACGACUGGCUUCUUCGUUCAUCGUGACACCUCACGCCCAAAGUAGCUCCGAAAACCUCGAUGCACCUGUCUCUGCUCCUAGCCUCAGACUGUUCUCAUCUCAGCGUGAACCGGUCAAAGUCACGCUAGAAAGAGACGAAAGGCUCGAUGCUCCUCUUUCGCGUCGAAUCAUUGAUGUGGACGAUGAAGACGAUAAGCUGGUACGACAGCGUCUGCGGAACAUAGCCAGCAUAGCCGUCGAUGGAACACAUAUACGCCAUCGGGCGCGCUCUCUGCCUUACACAAACAGAUGGCCAGAUCGUUGCACUGAGCGAGCCGUGCAGAGGACUCGGCAGAGGCCUACCUUGGCGCUCCUCACCGCUGACAGGCCUCUCAAUACGAAUACCCGACGAUACAAAUUGCUACCUUCGCCUCGGUUACGGAUACAAGCUCUAGCUGGCUCAGAUCUUAGGCUAGCCAAGAGAAAAAGACAGAAGCGACCCAGCAAGCUCAAGAGGAUGUAUGCGCGUGAGGCCAGAAAAACGUAGAUCUUAGCGUGUUCCCUUACGGACAUCGAUGCUACAUCCCGAAGCACAAAUACGUCUGAGUGAUUGACGAGCUUAGUGGCUCCUGCGUCUAGCCCGGCCUCCGAGAGGGUGGCAUCGAGCAGGAAGUGCCCUGUAAAGCCAUGCUAAAGCUAGACGUAAAGGUUUCUGCGAGCCUGCCUAUAUGUACGUAGAGAAGCACUGGUGAGCAGUGUGGGGACAGGCAAAUGGCACUCAGGAUGCACAUAGGCAGCUGUUGCCCCUCCUCAUAGUGUCCAUGUGAUCGCAAGCUAGCAAGAUCCUAGUAACAUCAGCGUGCAAUAUGACAAUGCCAUG